CACAGGCACAGAUCCAGGACAGGGCAGAGCAGAAUAGGAGGAGACCAGAUACCAAAAUGCAGUUUCACGGAAGUCCGGCUUACAACACCGAUCCCGGACGCCUGGAUUCACAGCCCCACCAGCCUGGUGUACAGCAGUGGUCAACCCACCAAGACCCGCAGCCCCACCAGCCUGGUGUACAGCAGUGGUCGUCGACCCAACCCAGAUACGAGCCUUACAACGUCACCGGUCAGUACGACGGCGGGGGGACCGGUGGAGGCGGGUAUCACGAGAACACGGUGGUGCACCCCGGCCAUCAGGCGGGGGCGUAUUCCACGAACUCCGCAGCCCAGCCCACUCACCCUGCACGGACAUACCCUACAAACCACACUGGUCAAGUAGGGAACCAACAAGCUGGGACGUACCAGACAUACCCAUCUGGACAUACGCCUAACCAAGCAGGGGCGUACCCUACAAACGCUGUUGGACACUCCUCCCAUAACGGGGUGUAUCCAACAAACACUGCGAAUUCUGAGCCUUAUCAAACCAGUAGUGUCGUGUAUCCAACAAAGACAUCGGCGUAUCCGAACAGCUACGCCAGUCCCCCCUCACACGCAGACCCCCGUCCUUACUCGGAUGAGCAAACGUACUACGACCCACGAGUCAACGAUGACGUAUUCAACGCAUCGACGUACAUCGGCGGCACCGACCCCACCAGUAGAGAUCCUUACGCGGGAUACCCCACAUCGAACUCGCCUUCCAGGCGGAGAAAGUUCGGCCGAGAUCACACCAACUACACCUUACCCCCAAACCUUGACCCAUUUAAAAACACUCCAUUGCCCAACAGCGCGCUGGACGGCACCCCGCUCAUUGACACCCUCAACCACGUGGGGCCCCCGGGGCUUCCUCUGUCGUCGGACGGUUUCAACGGGUACGACUCCGAGACGGGGCUGAAGCUAGUCGUCGUGGACAAGACCGACGAUGAGGACGAAAACGUCGAUCCGGGUCAACCGGGUUACGGGUCGAGGUCGAACUCGGACGUGUUCCCCAUCGACAAGAACGCCAUCGAGAGGGACCUGUACAAGCAGGAGUACGACCCCACGGUCACCAGCUUCAAGCCGAACAUGAACCCCAGCAUUAACACCGUGAGCCGUCACGUGUCCACGGUCAACGACCCCGGGGUCAACCCGGACGGCUUCAAAUACCAAAACAGCUCGAGCGCCGGUCAGACAUUCGCGUUUCACGUCACCGACUACGAUUCGGAAAUCGAAAACAGUGCCAGGCGAACGGGGACCGGCAUGCUGCGGGAACCUUUUACCAACAACCAGCAUUUCUUUUCAGGGAAGCCGAAACUCGGCACGAUAUCCAGCCAGUCGCAGUACCCGAAGCCGAAGUCCAGGGCGUUUCAGAGCCCGGAUCUUGAGGAUGAUAUCGAGUUGCAGCAGUAUUACACCAUGUCUCAUAUCGAUUACGAGCGGUACACCAGUAACCAAUCGCAGCUCAGCACGGUCAUGGAGGACACGAGCGGGCUCGACACCUUCCGGUCCGAGGACACCGUCAACAACUACGACGUGUUCAAAGGGGAGAAGAGCAAGACGUUCCUCAUCCACCCGUCGGCCACGGUCUCCCGGCACAACAUCAACGAGGCCCGGGCCACGGACAACGCGGUCCUGGGACCCGGCUACAAGUUCCAAGUGAAUAAGUAUAACAUGGUCAAGCGCGCGUCCAUACUCAACAGGGCGGAGCAGUUGCUUGACGCCAGGCGUGGUCACUUCAACGACAGGUAAAUACUUGAUUUAAAAAUGGUCUGUUAACAAUAAGCCCAAUUUUAAAGCGAAAUUUAUCUCAGAUUUAAGACACAUUUUGAGUGGAUAUUUUUUUAUAUUACAACGUUUUCUUUAGUUACAUAAAUAACAUGAAACAAAGAAUGUCAAAGUUAGUUUACCAGGGCAAGAUUUGGUGUUUCCAGUAGAAGCAGCAAUCAUCUCAAUGUGGACCAAGAGUCUAAUAUGGUAUACUUUGUUACGAAUCUCCUGGCACCGGCUUUCUCUAUGAAAUAAGUCGAAUCAUCAUGAGUCAUAUAACACGCGUAGAACUAUUUUUAAUUUUUUUUUUUAAAGCAGCGGUUCUCAACAUGUGGUUCGCGACCCCUUUGGGUGAUUCCACUGAGUUUGUGGAAAAUUGUUGUAUGUUAAAUUUCUGAAAAUGAAACAGGCUAUUGGUAUAAUAUUUUCCAGUUGUACAAUAGUUUUUCAGUUGUAUUAGCCUAAGGAUUUGAGAUUAUUUUGUGUGUGUGUAGAUUCACACAUCUUUAUGCUAUUUUACAGUUUUACUUAAAUAUUACUAUGUAAUUAGGUAAUUUCUUUAAUGAGUUAACAAAUUUGUGUUUUUGAACAGACUAAAUUUAAUUAUAUAUAUAGUACAAUUAAGUAUUUUAUACUGUAAGUUAAAUGUAUACUGUUUGGCGUGCUGUUAAAAAUCAAACUAUGUACUCUUUAUACGUUAUAAUAUAAAAAGUAUUGGAGUACCUUUGUUUAAAUUUACCCCCCCCCCCAACCACGACGGUCCACAGCAGGUCAGAGUCGAGCGACGAGGUCAGACGUCUGGCCGAAGAUGAGGACGACGACAGCGUCAGCGACAUGGCCGGUGCCAGGCACGCUGCCCUGAAGCACGUCAAGCAGCGCCAGUUCGACGACUCCACCAGCUACAACAGUAGCGAUGACGUCAUCAACACCCUAAAGUGAGUCCCGCGGAGCGGUGUUGGGUGGCAGACGGCCCUGGGUUGGCAGGAAUGGGUUGGGGUGGAGGGGACGUUUGAAAACCUCCACCAAAUGGAGGGCCAUACUCUAUUUAAUUUUUUUUUUUUUUGAAACGGUGUAAUUAAACAAGGUGCCGUUUCUCUAGGAAACGAACGAAGAGAAACGCCACGGAGUUCUUAUUAUACUGUUUAAAAAAAAUUAUUGAAUUUUUGUUUUUCAAAACAGUAUGAUUACAAAUCCGUGGCGUUUCACUUGGAAACAAAGAACUGGGUAUUAAAUUAAUAUAUUAAUAUAAAAUAAAAGGUUCAGUAGUAUUAUUCAUAAAAAAUGUACCCAGUACUAUUACAUAUUAUGUUGGAAUAUAUAUUUUUUAAAAAUGUUUUCUGGAUCUCCUGGUAAAAUUAAAAGACACUUUAGAACAAACAAAAAAAAUUCUCCACAUUUUUAAUUAUACCCAUGGAGAUUUAUAAGGAAAAUAACGGUUGUACAUGACAGAACAAUUUGCUGGUCUUGGAGGGAGAAAUUCGUGAAUUGAAGUUAAAAGCCAGUGAAGACAUAACAUCCCUUACAAUCAAACAGCAUUUGUGGCAAUGUUUGGCAUGGGGGGCCUCAAUUGCCCCCCAAGAGUCCGAUGUACCACGGUGCCCUGAGUUCUCAUAGUGAUAAAUAAAAAAAUAAACGUCAAAGAGUCCAUAAAGCGGAUGUUAACCCUGAUUGGUCAGGAUGUAAUCUCUAACCACACCGGUGUUAUGUCAUGAGCAAGUUUUACCUGGUUUCCCGGUGAUAUGAAAGUGUGUGGUAUAGCGAUAAGAUUCGGGGAAUUGUACGGCAAUCUUUACCAAGGUAUUUGAUAACCCAGAGAUCUGUGAACAUAAAAAUGAUGACUUGCAAAGCAGAACACGUGGUGUGGGGGCUGGGAAGCUGGGCGCAAUGUAACCAAACUUCAUACAAUUAUUAUUUUAUUGUAGAUUCUUAAUAGUUAUGAAAUAACCCGAUAAUCAUUGACAAUAACAUUUGUUUUAAGAGGUAUUUUUUUUUUUACAGCCACACUCCUUCUUGAAAAGUAAAGAAUUUUGUAAGAAGUUCAAGUGAUGAUUGUUGUAACGAAGGCAGAAAAUGGCAUUAAGAUUUGGGGGGAAAAAAGAUGAUAAUUAGCUGUUGUAAACUUUAAUAAUAGAUCUAUAUUUAAAAUCAUAGGAGUUUUUUGGAACACAUUUUUAUCAUCCAAUUAUAGUGAGUUCUUUGUUUUCAGUUUGCAAACAGAGUGACCAUUGAAGUCACACAAGUUAGUUUUUCUAAUCACGAUCUCCACACGUUUUCAGGAGUAUUCUGACAUUUGUAAAGCUUUUUUAACCGUACAUUAAGACUGCCGAUCAAAUUGACUGUUUCUAGUCUUCACUUUUACAUCACACUCUGCCGUAUUUCAGGUACCACCCGCGGGGACCAGUGACACAGACCGCCAGGCGCGCAAGGCUAACGUCCGUCAAUGCAAGGCUCAACAAACAGAAGCGGAUCAGAGCGGCCAGGAGACAGGUACGUGGGUGUCCAUUUGGUUUAUGUGACCUACGGGCACAUCUAACCAUAGAAACACACGUGAACCUAGAAACACACCUGACCCUAGAAACACACGUGACCCUAGAAACACACGGUCCUCUUGAAACACAUGUGACCUAACGAAUACAAUUGACCUUAGGAACACACAUGACCUUACAACCACAUGUGACCUGACUGACAAACGCCAGUUUUCGAAAACAAUUGACCUUAAGAACACCGGUGGCCUUCUAACCACACGUGAACAUACAAACUCACGGGACGUGCAGCCAUUAGCAUGAAAAACAAACACGCUUGGCUUUACAACCACAAAAAUGAAACCAUGCUCUGGAGAGAAGAUCCACUUUAUUUUGAUGGCUUUCAUCUAAGCAUGAUAUAAGCUAAAGGCACCAUUUCCAAAAAAUGACAUGAGUACAACAACAAAAAAUAAAAAUAAAAAUGUUUUAACGUUAUUUAAAUAUCCAUACAUAUUUAAUUCCCUGAUUAUAAUCCACGAAUCACCACAUGGGGUAAGUUUGUAGCAUAAGCUGGUUUUUUUUACCCAAGUGACUCUUUCGCUUAGUUGAUCGUCUGUCUCAUGGUCACCUGAAAGGUCGCAUCUGAUUUGUGUCAAAGUCGCGUCUGCUUCUUUCAGUGAACAGCGGGUUAAGGGUGGAUGUGUGAUAUCACAUAAAGGUUGUAAGCAUUGUAAGAAUUUAAAAAAAAAAAUACUUUUUUUGUCGAUAAUACAUAGUAAGAAUUAAAUACGGAAGAAAAAAGCCCCAAAAGUACAUAUGAAAUAGACUUGUUCAAAAGAAUUUCUGUCAAAGACCAGUUUUUAGCCCCUAAAAAGAAGAAUCUUAAAAUGCAUUACGUAAAGAAUGUCUGUGCAGAAAAUAUGUUCUAAAAUUAAUAAUUUAAAAAAAAAACAAAAAAACAUUUCAGUUUCGUCUGGAUUCCAUUCGAAUCCUUUGGCUACACAGAGUGCUCAUAUACAACGUCUGCACAGACUUUUCUUGCGUUAUGCAUUUUAAGUAUUUUAAAAUUAAUUUCUAUUUUUUAGUGGUUCAACUCGUCUUUGAUAGGAAGUCUUAAUUUAGUUAUAGUAAUUUUGAAUAAAAAAAACCAUUCGACAUUCUUAGGCGCUAGACUUGAUUAGAGCCCGCUUGGUACCACCAGACCUGACCUCGAAAUGGUUGUUCAGGUGCAGGCAUGUCGGUAAAUGAAUGUUAAUGAAAAUAUGAUCACAGAAACAUGAGAAUCCACGCCAUCAACGAUAUGAUGUGGCAAAAAAACACCACAUUCAUGAAGGGAAGUAAGCAGAAAACGGCAAGCAUAGACAUGCAUUAUUUUAUAGCUUCCCUUUUUUCCCCGACACGUUUGCUUUUCAGAUAUGUAAAUAGCAAUAUGAUGACACUUGGAAAGUGACCGAAAGGAAAAGAUGUUUUUUGUUUUCUUUCUUCCUGAUGAGUUAUAUUUUCAAAUUCUUUUGGAGUCUUAGUGACGUGUGUGACCGUAAUAAUAACGUGAUCACUCGCAUCAUUUGCACUCAGGAGAACAAAAAUUAAGUUUUGAAAAUAUACUUUGAGUUUCGUUGGUUAUUUAAAUUAACACACGUUCAAGAAAAUAAACAAUACAAGUUCAAUAAUCAUAUUUCAAGACUACGUUAAACUUCGAGAUCUUCAGUGUUCAUAUUUUAAGGCUACGUUAAACGCCGAGAUUAUCAGUUUUACUAUUUUAAAGCUACGUUAAACGUUGAGAUCUUCAGUGAUCAUAUUUCAAGACUGCGUUAAGGCAAAAAUCUCCAGUGCACAUAAUUCAAGACCAAGUUAGCCGACGACAUCUUCAGUGUGCAUAUUUCAAGGCUAGGUUAAACGCCGACAUCUUCAGUGUUCAUAUUUCAAGACUACGUUAAACGCCGACAUCUUUAGUGUUAAUAUUUCAAAGCUAGGUUAAACGCCGACAUCUUCAGUGUUCAUAUUUCAAGGCUACCUUAAACUUGGAGAUCUCAAGUGUUCAUAUUUCAAGGCUACGUGAAAUUUCGAGAUAUAUUUUACAGAUUUGCUGAGAUUUUCGAGAUUACAUGAUCAAUAUUGAAAGUACUUCCAAAAUCGUAUAAAAUUCUAUUGAGACGAAAGCAUUUUCGUUUAAUGCAGUGGCUCUCAACCAUACCAAUAACGCGACCCUUUUAUACAGUUCGUUAUGUUGUGGCGACCCCCAGCCACAAAUUAUUUUCGUUGCUUCUUCAUAACUGUAGAGCAUAUGGGUUUUCAGAUGGUCUUAGGCGACCCCUGGGAAAGGGCCGUGCGACCUCUAAAGGGGUCCCGACCCACAGGUUGAGAACCGCUGGUUUAAUGCAUGAGCUUUUAAUGAUGAACAUCAUUUGGCCAUAUCCGUUAUGGGUGGGGUCGAUCCAUUUGUUGAGUGAAGCACUGUUUGAUGAACAAUUAACAGUAGUUUCUUUUCAUUAUAGAAGCGUUUAAUGCAUUGGUUCUCAACCUUCCUCAUGCCGCGACCCUUUAAUACAGUUCAUCAUGUUCUGGCGACCCUCAACAUCAAAAUUAUUUGCGUUGCUACUUUAUUACGGUAGAGUGUAUUUUCCAAUGGUCUUAGGCGACCCCCGAGAAAGGAUCGUUCGACCUCCAAAGGGAUCGCGACCCACAGGUUGAGAACCAUUGUGCUAGAAGAAACCGUAUCAAUCAAUCCAGCUCGACACCAGCAGGGCUAGAAGUUCUAAGACCAGGUUAAUUAUUGAUACGUAGAGACUUCCAUCCUCCACCAAAUAGUCGGAAGCCAUUGACUGAUCAUAGCCGCAUCCUUACGGAAUCGUGGCACCAGAAAGGAAGCCCGUUGGUUGAAUAAUUAAGUUAAUAGAGGAAGAUGCCCGGAUGUGGAGAGCAAAUCGAUGUUACCUUAGGGGAUUUAACAUCAUUUGGCCGUAUCCGUUAUGGGUGGGGUCGAUUCAUUUGUUGAGUGAAGAGCACUGUUUGAUGUCACAAUUAACAGUAGUUUCUUUUCAUUAUAGAAGCGUUCAUUAACUAAAUGUAGAGUUUUCUUUCAUUAAUAGCCAAUGGGUCAUUUCGAUUAAGAAAUCUCUUGUAGUUGGACAGUUACUUCGAUGAUGAAAUUAUUUUUUUUUAAAAAUUAAGUACCGACAAACGUUAGUCCUGGGUCCGUUGCUAUGGACGCAUGGAAAACAGGUUCUGAAAUACGGACCAUUUCUGAUACUCGCGCGCUGUUAAGUGAGCCUUAUAAAUAUGUCAUAUCUUGAAACAUGACAUGGAGGAAGAAGACAUUCUAAAUAUUGAAGGUAAAAGUGAAGUUGACAUUCUAAAUAUUGAAGGCAAUAGUGAAGCGGGUGCAAGUUUCAAUGGAAGUUUUCCACUCGGACCUGGGGAUCAGAGAGCACACGAAGUUUCUUAUGAAGACAGAACUCGGGACUCGCACGUGGGUUUCAGAAAGGAACAUCUUCAAGUCAGUCGCCAGAAUCCGAGCAAGGGAAGAACGUUUCGACGAAUUCGUCAAAAAAUGGCUGUGAUCGAUUCAGGGGUCAAAGGUGAAAUUCCUGGAGUCGCCGCAGACCGCUCCGACAGGUUUUCGACCAGCGUCACCAACGACAUUAGGACUCCGCGUUGUGAGACCAGAGAGACUCACCUCAGUGGUUUAAGCUCGGUGGUCGUAAGGAUUAAGAAACACAAGAAAACGAAGGAUCCCGACACAGAGGAGGUGAGGAACCCCCUUUUAAAUAGUUUUGUAAUAGAGGGGUUGGUUGUGGUAAUCUAAUGGUUGGUUGUGAUGUUUAGAAUUGUUUGUGACAGUGCGAUGGAUGUUAAAGGUAACAUGUUUUUAUGUGUGGUAAUAGAGUGGUUGUUAGUUUUAAUUGGAUGGUUUGUUAGUUUUAAUUGGAGGGGUUGUUAGUGGUAGAACAGGGGUUGUUAGUUGUAAUCAAGGGGUUGUUGUUUGUGGUAAUGUAGUGGUUUGUUUUUUUGUUGUAAUAAAAGGUUGCUUGUGCUAAUGGAUGGUUGGUUGUUUUUUUUUGGUAAUGCAUGAUUGUUUGUGGUAAUUCAGGUUUGGUUAAGGUAACGUUAUAGCCGUUGUUUUUGGUAAUGCUGGUGACGUUUAAGCUAUUGUUUGGUUGUUUGGGGUAAUGCAGGAGUUUUUUUUCUUUUUACAAUGUAGCGGUUGUUUGUAUUAAUGCAGGGUUGUGUGUGGUAAUGUAGGGGUUGUUUGUAUUAAUGCAGGGUUGUGUGUGGUAAUGUAGCGGUUGUUUGUAUUAAUGUAGGGUUGUGUGUGGUAAUGUAGGGGUUGUUUGUAUUAAUGCAGGGUUGUGUGUGCUUUGUAUUAAUGCAGGGUUGUGUGUGGUAAUGUAGGGGUUGUUUGUAUUAAUGCAGGGUUAUGUGUGCUAAUGUAGCGGUUGUUUGUGGAAAUGUGCGUUUGCGUUUGGUAAAGUUUUUUUUUUGUUUGUGGCAAUGUAAGGGCUAUUUUUGGUAAUGCAGCGUUGUUUGUGGCAACGCAGGGUUGUUAAAAUAAUGUAGUGGAUGUUUGUGGUAAAUAAGGAUUGGCUCUGGAAAUGCACGGUUGUUUGUGGUAAUUAAGGGUUGGCUCUGGAAAUGCACGGUUGUUUGUGGUAAAUAAGGGUUGGCUCUGGAAAUGCACGGUUGUUUGUGGUAAAUAAGGGUUGGCUCUGGAAAUGCACGGUUGUUUGUGGUAAAUAAGGGUUGGCUCUGGAAAUGCACGGUUGUUUGUGUUAAAUAAGGGUUGGCUCUGGAAAUGCACGGUUGUUUGUGUUAAAUAAGGGUUGGCUCUGGAAAUGCACGGUUGUUUGUGUUAAUGCAGUUGUCUUUUGGGGGGGUUUUGUUUUUGUUUGUAAUGCAAGAGUUGGUUUUCAGUAAACAGUGAGUUCUGUGAUUGAUAGAGGCAUGGAGCAUUCAAUUUGUUUAAUUUACAUGUGCAUCAUGUUUAUAGGCAUGAGUUUUAACUUUAGUAUGACAUGAUUACAGACAUGAGUAGAAAUUAAAAUUUUAGAAUAAUCGUUGAUUUCGUAUUCACCCAAAUUUGUUAAAACACGGCCUAAUAUAGCAUAAUCUCAUGCGCUCCCACCAGAGACUGAAUCCAUCACACUAAGUUAAAUCUUUAAUUAUUUAUGUACUGUACAGAUCUGUAAGAUCUGUAAGUAAGACCAUUCAAUCGUCAGAGUAAAAAUAUUUAAUCGCAACAAAAUGUAUGCACAUCUGUUAUGAGGAUCCAAAUGUGGUUCAACCGAGAGCUAUGGCGUCCACCGAGUAUCCACCCCGUCCCUCCCCCAUCUUUUUUUUUGCUUUGAUAUUGACGUCACCGAUUAAAUGUGUAGCGUCCUAACACUACCCACCCCUUUCUUGAAUAGGAAAUAGUUGGUUACCUUUGAAAAUGUCAUAAAUGGAGUCCAACACCCGACAGCCUUCUCUACAUUUCUAGAAUUGCUGUUCUGUUUUUAUUUUCAUUUCUUUUUAUUAUAACUUUUUUUUUUUUUUUUUUUUUUUUUUUUUUUUUUUUUUUUUUUUUUUUUUUUUUUUUUUUUUUUUUUUUUUUUUUUUUUGGGGGGGGGGGGGGUCUUAAUGCCUUCCUAUAAAUUUGGCGGUAGCUUUCCCAGUCCGACUAAAUUUGCUUGACUUCCUAGACAAGAGACUUUAACGAGACUCACCAGAGAUACAAGAGACCUUACAACUUUUCAUCUGUGUGUAUCUGAAUUAAUAUUUGUACCUUUCUAGUAAUAUACUUGAUCACUUGCUGUACAAUUGAUACAAAGAAAGUGAUUUUUAAAUUACAUUGUUCAUACUCAUUUUCUUCACAUAAAUAAACACAAAUUUUAAUCAAUACGACAUUUUACAAUGAUAACAAUUUAACGACAAGACAUCUGGAUUACUUCUUUAGGAUACAAAUCAGCCAUCAAUGCGCUUCUCCAGUGACAAUAAUGACUUAAUUUGUGAUCAUUUAGAUUUAUGACACUAUUAAGAACUUCAUGUUUUUAAAAAUAACUUUCUUGAAUUCUAAUUUUAAAAAAAACAAAAACAACGUUGCUUUGUCACUUGUUGUCACUUAUUGUCAUUUAUUGUCACUUAUUUUUCAACUAUUGUCUAUCUUUUAGAAUAUCCCGCUAUCCCACGCCAGCGACGACGAUGUCAACUCACCGCUAAGUGACGCCAACGACCAGCCCAACGUGUACAGGAAAGUUCUGAGGGACAAGAUCCGCUACGAGCAGGCGAAAUUUCGGGAGACAGGCGUCGAGAGCCGCAACCGCCGUCAGCUUCAGAUACAACCUCAGCACCAGGAGGAGCAGUCGCAGGAGGAGGGAACCAGUGCAAUAAAGGGGAGGAGGGUCUUCAUGUUUAGGAACGGCGACCUUCAUUUUAAACCCAAACAGGUGACGUCACAUCACAUGUAAGGGGGGUUUGUCCUUUCUAUGAAUGGAAAGCGUCUCAUCGCAUGACAUAAUGUUACUAUUUUUAGAAAAUGUAUUCGUAAAACAUAGCUUCAGUGUAUUUCCGCAGUGACAAUUUGUAAUAUAAAGUUGUAAAUACGUUUUCGUCUUGGUUAAGAUCCACUUUGCUGGCUCACAUUGACGUAGAAGUACCAAAGAGCUGUUGGGAGAUUGCCAAAACGGAAUACCAAGGUGUUUUAUUAACUUCUUAAUGAGAUUUGCCAGACUGUCUGCCCGGAUGUUCUAUUAAUAGAUUUCCGCCAUUAAAUGACAAACCCUAUUGCAUAAAUAUUUGUUUUUUCUGCGCUACAACAAACGAGACGCAAUAACUCAUUAAACUUUAGUUUUAAUAAUGAGAUACGCGUGUGUUCAAAAUUAAUCGAUCAAAGUUUUGGGGGUAAAAGUGGGAACAAGAUGUGAGGCUAGGGAUGAAGACGAUGAUGAUAAUGAUGAUUGAUUGGUUACUUAUAUAGCGCUUGUGUUCAUGCUAUGUUAGCAUGCUCAAUUGCGCUCUGGUCUCAUAAAGUCUAUUUAAAGAAAAAUGAAUUUAAAAGUCUCCUAAAUGAUUUUUAUCAUUUUUAAAAGUCCCCCAAAGACUGAGGCAAACAGUCCCAUAAUUAAGGCGCUAUUGCUUCCAAAAUGCGCACUUCGUUUGACUUCUUUGGGAUCCCUGUCCGUCACUGUUGGAAAAUAAUAGCAGUUAUUAUUGUAAAGAAUAGAUGAAAGGAAAAAGAGCGCCCUUAAAAAAAGAGGGAUCAAAAGUAAUACAGGACAGAGGUUACAUAAAAGUACAAGAUGUCGCCAAAACGACAAAUUUUGGCCGCCAUGAGCGCAGUGGACAUGUAACUAGGAGAAAGAAUAAUGACAAGGCAUUUUUAAAAUAAAUCGAAAUCAAAAUAAUAAAAUGGGGGUUCAAAAAAUGUCAAAACAAAAAGAAAGGUAGGCAAUAAAUAAUACAUCGUUUGGAAACGUGUCCGUGAGAAACUUAAUAAUGCUUUGUGUCAAGCCUUUGCGGAAAAUCUUGGCAUUUAGUUUGUCAUUUGCAGCCCCGGGCUCUUGUCGUCAUGUCGGUCAAUGACAUGUUUGAUAAAGAGGCGCUCGCCACGAACCCCCUGAAGCGUCACCCGGGGAACAGUACCACCGUGUAGGGGACCCGCGCUGAAAGGCAAAGGUAACGCACGGAGACUGCGUUAAAUCGAGCACGAUUGCAUGACUUCCCACCAAGUGCAGUCGAACUAUUUUACUAAACGCAGAAACAGGUUGGGACAUGAUUACAGUUGCCGUAUGGAUAUGAGGUGAAGGUGUGUGGCAACCUUUCACCGGUGAUUCUAAAUAUGCAGUCUUGAGGGUACUGCUCCAAGGCAACCUCUCUCUCCCAUCUACGGUGUGAAUUAGUCGCGCCGUAGAAUAACCAUACAAACCCUAGUAGAGGGCGUCGGUCUUAAACAACUACGCGGUCCCCCCGGGGUGGUAAGGGGGGACUUUAGAGACGUUAAAUAUCCACCCCAACCCCCUAGAAAGCCCGGCCCUGUUGCUGCGCGAGUAGCAAUCCGGCUGGCCAGGUGUUUCUUCUCUGGGGCUGCCACGCUCAGCGGCCAAUCGAGUGGAGGUCGGGCGUGGCGGUCUUAGGGGCGGAGCGUCCCUGGCGUGCCGCUUCGCGGCCGAUCGGAAUAAAGACCACUGGGGGAGUGGUUGACGACCGGUUUGGUUGGCGGGGUUGUACGUUGGGGAGGACCAUAUGAGCCUCAAGGCUCGGUGUUCGCUGAUUUUCUUAAGUAAGUAAGUAAGUUUGUCAUUUGCCAAUAAAUGUAAUACUAAAUUCACCAUUUUCCUCCCCUAACUAGAUCCUCAUCAGCCAGAAGACCUACACUAACCUGGAGAAGCUUCUGGUUGAUCUCAGCUCUAUGGUGGAGACCUCGACUGGGGUGAAGUACAUCUUUUCUUGGCCCGAGGGUCGGGAGAUCAAGUCCAUCACGGAGUUUGAGAACGGCAAAUAUUAUGUUUGUUCCAGUACCAGCAAGCUACAGGUCAGUAAAUAUUGUGUUUGUUCCAGUACCAGCAAGCUACAGGUCAGUAAAUAUUGUAUUUGUUCCAAUACCAGCAAGCUACAGGUCAGUAAAUAUUGUGUUUGUUCCACUACCAGCAAGCUACAGGUCAGUAAAUAUUGUGUUUGUUCCACUACCAGCAAGCUACAGGUCAGUAUAUAUUGUGUUUAUUCCACUACCAGCAAGCUGCAGGUCAGUAAAUAUUAUGUUUGUUCCAGUAAAUAUUAUGUUUGUUCCAGUACCAGCAAGCUACAUGUCAGUAUUCGACAGCACAUUUUUUUAAUGUGUUGACACCAUCAUAGAAGUUAUGUUUGUGAUAUUUUAGUGAAAUCAUCAAGAAUAUUGCAUUAUCGCUGGCAUCAGCAAACUAAUGCAACAACAAAAAUAAUAGUAACUACAGUAAUAAUAAUGAUAUAGUACGCUGUGUAAAUGUAAGGCUUUGCACUAUUAUCAUCGUUUAUAAAUAUGUAAUGAUUUUUUAUUAAGAUUAAUACAAUUAAAAAUUUCGUUUCAUGAAAGUAAUAGUGACUAAUUUGUUGUAAUGAAGUACCGUAUAUCUAAAUAACAAACACAAGAUAAGAGGCGUAUAUAUUUUGUAGAUAAACCUGUGGCAUUUAAAUUAGUUCAGCACCUAAGGCUGUGGUCAUCAUCCACGACUAUAGAGAAAGGAUCUAUAUUUACUGCAAGGCAGUAGAAGAAAUGAACCGUUGUCAAGUGACAAUAGAUUUUUUUUAAAAUUCGUCCCAUCUUUGUGAUCUCAUUAAUUCUAUCCACCAGAGAGUUGAUUACGGAAGCAGCAAAGAGGGACCGUGGAAAGGAGGCAAGAUAGACAGAAAAGAGAACUUCUUAUUCCAACAGGUAAUCAUUGAACCUUGCUGUUUUGUAUUAGCAAACACUCCCUAAGCGCCCACAGAGUUCUUUUCCCUUGCCUCAUUAUCAUGGCCUUAAGAAAAAGAAAUAAAUAUAAUUAUCCUGUACUGUCAGUUUGAACGAAGGCCAAAAUAAAUUUAAAAAUUUAAAAAUUUACAUUCUAGGACGAGGUAAAAGUAAAUAUGAUUUUUAAUGUAACGAUAACACCACCCACUUUGGCUGGCACAAAGCCGAUUCCGAUUCGUAAAUGUUCUUUUCCGAGAAGCGUCACCAGGUACGAGGUAAUUUGUAAAGCAUGCUCUAGGAAUCAAGAGAAAUAUCGAGGAAAAAAAUUGUUUGCAUAUCUGGAUCCUUUAAAAAACCGAAGUGAUUUUUUUUUCUAAUGAUCAGCGUAGUUUACACUUCUUGAUGUAUGCAUUAAGGUUUGUCAUUUAAUGGCGUGAAUCUAUUAAUAGAAAAACUGGUCGUAGAGUCUGGCCAGUGUCAUUAAGAUAUUAAUAAAACAUCCUGGUAUUCCGUUUGGCCAAUCUCUCAACAGCUGUUCGGUACUUCUACGUUCAUGUGAGCCAGCAUCGUGGGUCUUAACCUAGACCAAAACGUGUUGACCACUUUAUUUUAUGACAGAUUUUACCAAAAAAAAUUAAUUGUUACCACUGAAAACAUUGUUAGAAGCUAUGUUUUACGAAAACAUGGUCUAAAAAAAAUUAAGUAACAUUACGUAAUGCGAUGUGACGUUUUCCGGCCUUAGAAAUGACAGGCCUUAUUGGAUUCCACUCUAUCCUGUAUUCUUGACUUAAUGACAGGAUGGUAAGGUCCAGUCUCCACUGCGCCGACCCCGGGUGCUGACCAUCAUCAGCAACAUGUACAGGGACAGCCGCGAGAAGCUGAUACUCAACACCAACUCGCAGAUGAACUUCGAGGAUAUUCUCAACGACAUCGGUAACAUGAUCAACGUGCCGAAUCCACCGGUCAGGGCGCUCUACACGGAGCGGGCGCCGCACCAAAAGGUAUAUGUCACGUCCACGUAAGGAACCCAAUCAGUGCUCUGAGUGGUAUGAGUUUGUUUUGAACUUAAUUUCUAUGGCGUGCACCAAAGAUCGUGGUUUGGGAGAGUGGAGGAUACAUGGUAUAAUUGAAGACCUUUCAGAAAGUUUACAACAUUCAUCUUAGCUUGCUACGAUUAGAAGAAUAAAUCAUUUAUUAGGACCUUAUUAAAACGCCUUUUCAUAGUUUGUUAGUUUGCGUUGGCGUCUUGUAUUUUGAUCCCCUUCCUGACCUGUAGCUGAAACUUUGUACACUUACCCACCCAAUCUGGCCCUUUCAACAUGGCCCUUUCAACAUGGCCCUUUCAACAUGGCCCUUUCAACAUGGCCCUUUCAACAUGGCCCUUUCAACAUGGCCCUUUCAACAUGGCCCUUUCAACAUGGCCCUUUCAACAUGGCCCUUUCAACAUGGCCCUUUCAACAUGGCCCUUUCAACAUGGCCCUUUCAACAUGACCCUUUCAACAUGGCCCUUUCAACAUGGCCCUUUCAACAUGGCCCUUUCAACAUCGCCCUUUCAACAUGGCCCUUUCAACAUGGCCCUUUCAACAAUUACCUUGAGAAACCUCUGCGGGUCAAACCUUGCAUCUCAAGUUUGACCUACUUUCUAAUCUCCAAAUGUGCUGAAACUUUACACACUUACCCCACCCACCCCCUUCGAUGAAAAUACAAGAUUUCAUCAUUUCAUGAUCAGUGGGUCACCAGUGACCUCCAUUGACCCUUGAUUUGUCUCUCCGUAUAUCUCAGGAAGCAGAAAGUGAAAAUGACAUGGAGUUUUCACUAUAAUUUUCAUGGGCGCCCAUUGCUUUUUUAGUCAUAUGUUUAACCGAUAUUCUGAUGUCCUCAAACAUCUUCCAAGACUUAAUAGUACAAAAUAGGACGAAAUAAAAAAAAAAUUAAAAAAAAAAAAAAACACACCCUUCCAGACGUGUUCUAAAAUGUGUAAAAUAAAUGUCGUCCCCCUCUCCCCCCCCCCAGAAUUUUUUAGUCAAAAGACUUUAACAACUCUGAAGUUUGGUGUUUUUUUUUUGGGGGGGGGGGGAGAGAUUUAUUUUAUACUCUGUAGUACACUUUUUGUACAUAGCGUUUUCUAAUGUUUUAUUGAAAAAUAAAUAAAUAGAAACUCUGGUGGCUCAAGGGUAAGAACAUGGGAUAAGGUGCCCCCACAUCCCACUUUCCUAUAACUGCCACCAUUGCAAAAGAAUGUUGUUUUGACCAAAAAGGGUUUUCAAAUUUUAGGUGGAGAGCUACAGUCAGCUGAUCAGAGAGUUCGGAGACCACGAUAAUUUCCUGGCUUGCGGGGAAGAAAUGGUUCCUACAGAACUUUCACCGAAGAAACCGUCAGGACCUGGCAACGCAGUCAAGAAAGGAGCACGGAGAAACAGAAGAUGUGAGUGAUUCUUUAGUUGGUCAUUUUCAAUACCUCUCAGUCUUUGGCAAGGCGUGAUGCAUCUAUGAUGAAUUAAAGCGCAAGACAUGCACUGCAGCCAAGGAUGCCUCACACUGAGAGCACGGUGGAGCUUACUGCAACACCCACCACUUAGUGCCACCAUGGCAACAACCUAAAUAAAAAAAAAAGUAAUGGAAUUAUUAGGCUUUGGCCUAUGUCUUUAAGGAUUGUUUACAAAAAAUAGUUUUUAUAAUUGCUCAGUUAAACAAUCACCUAUGGCAAUGGUUCUCAACCUUUCUAAUGCCGCGACCCUUUUAAUACAGUUCCUCAUGUUGUGGUGACCCCCUACCACAAAAAUAUUUUCGUUGCUACUUAAUAACUUUAGAGUAUAUUGUUUUCCCAUGGUCUUAGGCGACCCCCGUGAAUGGGUCAUUCGACUCCAAAGGUUGAGAACCGCUGCUCUAUGGUAUGAUUGAUCAUGGUGUGCAAUUAGGGUCCAAUCUAGAUCUUUCGUCGCUACCCUGCAGUAUAGAUCAGACAUUGAGUGAUUGAAAAAGUUAUCUAUAUCAUAUGAUCCUGCUUCAUUCAAUAUCACUAGUUCACUUUUUUGGUUAAUCUGAAUGAAAAUAACAACAAAACACAUUAUCUAAAUGAGCUCUUAUCAAGUGUAUUAAAUUUCAGCCGAUGCUGGCCGGACAAUGGACGACGACAGCCUGUCUCCGGCACGUGACUCGGACACGACCUACGUUAACGACACCGGCCAGGGCAGGUCCAACAGGAGGCAACAGGUCAAAGGCAGGAAGUCCAAGCCGGACUCGAUCAAGGUUGACAUCAAUGGAAAAACACGAGGUACGGGUCAGAGAAAACUUCAAUGCAGCCAGAUGAUAAGUGUAUAGGGAAAGAUGCGGCAUUAGAAGAAAAGAAAAUUAUCUUCUCUGCAGCACUCCAGCAGCAUCUAAAAUAACAUGAAACUCAUGCAAUAUAAAUGAUUUGUGCACAAAACGCACGAGCGUACGCCACUAAAGAGAAAUAAAAUAAAGUGUGUGCCCAUAAUAAUAAUAAUAAUAAUAAUAAUAAGGGGUCUUAUAUGGCGCGGUACCGCGCUGUUCAUAAAAACCAUACUUGUGGUUAUACUAUAUGCCUUUUUCAUUCUUAUAUAUAUCUACGUAUGUUUGCAGUUUCCUCCAGGACUAAACACAGCUUCCUACGAUUGGAGUUGUAUUUUAUUUUGCAUUUUUCUUUAAUUUGUUCGCCGAAGAAGGCUUUUUAUGCCGAUACGUUCAUAGCGUUGUCUUAUCUUUUAAAAAAUAUAAAAAUCAAGUUUUUGCCGAUACGUUCAUAGCGUUGUCUUAUCUUUAAAAAAAAUAUAAAAAUCAAGUUUUUGCCGAUACGUUCAUAGCGUUGUCUUAUCUUUUAAAAAAUAUAAAAAUCAAGUUUUUGCCGAUACGUUCAUAGCGUUGUCUUAUCUUUUAAAAAAUAUAAAAAUCAAGUUUUUGCCGAUACGUUCAUAGCGUUGUCUUAUCUUUUAAAAAAUAUAAAAAUCAAGUUUUUGCCGAUACGUUCAUAGCGUUGUCUUAUCUUUUAAAAAAUAUAAAAAUCAAGUUUUUGCCGAUACGUUCAUAGCGUUGUCUUAUCUUUAAAAAAAAUAUAAAAAUCAAGUUUUUGCCGAUACGUUCAUAGCUUUGUCUUGUCUUUAAAAAAAUAUAACAAUCAAGUUAUCCCGUAACCAUAUCCCUUAAUUCCUUCCUAGAUCCACUUAUUCUAGCAUUUGUGUUUUUUCUCAGAAUUCUUCCCCCCGACAACUUUGAACGAGGAGGACGAUGGAAGGAAACCGGACAAGAAAUUAAAGCUGGACUGGGUGUAUCCUUGACAUUGACCUCGCACAUAUAGCAAGGGUGUUGUUAGCUCCCUCUUUUUAUUUCAUCCUCAUACAUCAUUCUUCUUGUCAAAACUGUAAUUUCUUCUUAUCAUAACUAUACUUUCGUCUUACCACAACUAUACUUUCUUCUUAUCAUAAUAUACUUUAUCCUCACCAUAACUGUAUUUUCUUCUUAAACUAUACUUUUUUCUUACCAUAACUAUACUUUCUUCUUAUCAUAAAUAUACUUUAUUCUCACCAUAACUAUACUCUCUUCUUAUCAGAACUAUACUUUCUUCUUAUCAUAACUAUACUUUUCUUCUUAUCAUAACUAUACUUUCUUCUAUCAUAACUAUACUUUCUUCUUAUCAUAACUAUAAAACUUUAGGCAAAUUUUGGUAUUGUGAACAAAAUAAUGCAUGUGAAAAAUGAUUGCUUCUUUAUGUCUACUUUAACAUUGCACCGCAAAAGGCUAGAAUAGUCAGGGGAAUAUUUAUGAAAGAACAAAACACUUAAAGAUGCUUCACAUCCACAGUUUUUUGCCCUUUAUAUAUUAAGUCCCAAUCACAGCGCAAUCAUCUCCCUUUUUUACUGUAUAUCUCAUGAUAUAUCCAGUGUUAAAUAUCAUGUCAUACAAAUGUUGUAAGAUGUGCUUUUGAAAGUGGCCUUGACCUCGAGCAAGUUAUGGAUUCCGUGGAAGAGACGUUAAGCAGAACCUGGCCGUCCUGCCGUCCAGUGGUCAGUUGGUUUACUUCGUGGCGGCCGUGGUCGUGCUGCACGACAAGAAGUUCGCCACACAGAAGCAUUACCUCGGUCACUCGGAGGAGAUCACCUGGUAAGCUCCAACAGUGUAGGGUUGCAUUGGUAGCUUAAGGAUGUAUCCCGCCAAGUUUAGCGUAAAACCGUUUUCGGAACUACUCUUUGGUCGUUGUUAAUUAGUUGAACGUUAAGUAAUUUGAACUUACAAAGUUCUGUGUUAAUUUUGAUCUCUACGACAUCAUGUAGUAAAUUUCAUUGCUCCAAAACAAAACUAGGUGGCAUUGUUUAUUAGGUCAGUUAUUUAAUACCAGCUUGACCAACGCCACCAUAUUGCGCGGGUAAAAUAUGAGAAGGGGUGGCAUAAACUGUUAGGAUAAUUCCAGAUGGAGCUCCAUAAAUUUCCCCCCCCCCCAAUGCUUAGUUUUCAGUGAGUGUACGAAACCAAUAAGCGUACGAGAUCGAUUAUGCCCUUGAAUUCCCCGUGACUUUUCAAAACCAUUCAGUCUCUCUCCUCAGUACACAUUCAUUUGCCUUUCUUUUAGAUUUAGACAUGUCUUGUAAGUUGUCAACAAGCGUUGGGUAACGAAUGUUUUCGUUUGUGUGCAUUUGGAGGGGGGGGGGGUAAGCAGCGAAUAAAAGAGCAUCACUUUGCGCAAUAAGAGCAAGGGGGGGGGGCUGACUAGAUCCACAAUGGAAUUAAUAUUAUAGGUUACAUCUGUUAUAUCGUACUUCCAAUUCAAUCAAAAGAAUUCGUAUUGAAUGAAUUGUGAUUGCCUUAAUGCAGUGGUUCUCAACUUAUCUAAUGCCACGACCUUUAACACUGAGCCUCAUGUUUUGGCGACGCCUAACCACAAAAUUUUUAUCGUUGCUGCUUCAUAACUGUUGGGUAUAUGUGUUAUCCGAUGGUCUUAGGCGACCCCUCUGAAAGGCUCAUUUGACCCCCAAAGGGGUCACGACCCACAGGUUGAGAACUGCUGCCUUAAUAGAACGUUUAUGCUUUCAUUUAUGUAACUGUGAACAAAAUAUAGAACUAGAAUCAAAUUAAUUUCAGAAUGAAAGCAAACAACGUACCAGAUUUUUAAAAAAAAUACGAUUGUAGCAAAUAAGAAAUCAACUCUUCUCUUUGUUAUAAUAAUAUGAUUCACAUUACUUUUUGAAGAAGAAAAUAAGGGUGAUUUAUGUAAAAUCUGCAUUACAACAAAUUAUGUAUUUAUUUUUUUGAAUUUUAAACCAACCCAGCCUGGCAAUUCAUCCAAAUGGAAGGUUUAUCGCCUCGGGACAAACUUCUGGCAAAACUCCAGAAUCAGGGGUAAGUACUUUCAUACAAGGCUAACAUUUGUUUUUCUUACAGAGCUUCUCCCUUAUCUUCACUGUAAAAUAUUUGGCCAAAGCUUCUCCCUUAUCUUCAUUGUAAAAUAUUUGGCCAAAGCUUCUCCCUUAUCUUCAUUGUAAAAUAUUUGGCCAAAGCUUCUUCCUUAUCUUCACUGUAAAAUAUUUGUCCAAAGCUUCUCCCUUAUCUUCAUUGUAAAAUAUUUGGCCAAAGCUUCUCCCUUACCUUCAUUGUAAAAUAUUUGGCCAAAGCUUCUCCCUUAUCUUCAUUGUAAAAUAUUUGGCCAAAGCUUCUCCCUUAUCUUCAUUGUAAAAUAUUUGGCCAAGGCUUUUUUAUUACCUUUUUCCAAUCUAGUUACUGUAAUGUUUUGGCCAAUUACUAAAAAUGACCUAAACUCCAAACAAACUUAUAUUUCUUUUUAUUUAAAAAGUGUACUUUAACAACCAAAAUAAUAGUCUAAAAAUAUGAAUUAUAUGCAUAUUAAAGAUUUUAUGGAUUUCAUUAUAAAUACAAUUCAAUACUCAAAAAUAUCAUUAUUUUAAAAGUUUUUUUUUUUUAAUGUCCUUAAACUAUCUUAAAAAGAUAACAUCCCAAAUUGUUCACGUUUUGAAACGGACUAUAAUUAUCGCCUCAUUUCUCUUCGAUGAUUUGAAUAAAAUCUAAUACAGUUCUUAAAUUAGAGAAAUAAUCUUAGAAUAGAGCAAAAGUGAAUUAUGUGUAUUAACUCGCCUACAUUACGCUGCACAGGCUCACGUCCGUGUCUGGGAUGGGACAUCACUCUCCACUUACGCAGUUAUCGGACUUGGCACCUUCCAGCAGGGCAUUGCCUGCGUUAACUUUUCUGAGAAAGGUUCUCAGCCCACUGGCGGAUCUGGCUCAGUGAGUAUUUAUUUUUAUAUAACCGUGUUUUUAGAGGGUACACUUUGGUCUAUAAAAUCAUGUAAUUUUUUUUUUUCAAAUAUAUAAAAUACAUUUGAAAUAUUAUUUUUUUAGCCUUACCUUUUUUGCGAUGUUAGAUAAAUCUUAGACCAAAUAAUGUGGAGCCGUUUGGUCUUUUGCUCUACAAAUCUAAUCUCGUUUUCAAAGACUUUUUUCCCCCCCACUCGCUUUUCCAAUCUUGUCGUUGAAUCGUAACUAUUUUGUUGAAACACGGGACUCUGUCACUUAGCUGAUCGCCUGUCUCGCGCAGUGCUCGCCCGGUGUGAACGAUGGGAGAGGGGUAGAUAGAGGAAUGAUUGUUUGGAAGGGGCCAGGAGCAGGGUAUACGGCAAAAAGAGUUUGGCUGCGAUAAUAUGGGUUGAAGGAGGGGGUGAGGUGGUGAGUGAUGAGGAAAUCCCCCCCCCCCGUUACCCUCUCGCUGUGGUUGACAGUGAAGGAGGGGGGGAGGUGGUGAGUGGUGAGGAAACCCCCCCCCCCCCGUUACCCUCUCGCUGUGGUUGACCUGAGUGGUUGAUACACUGAUACAGAGUGUGUGUUGUGACGAUUAUUGGAGUCUCAAUAAUAUACAAGUAAAAAAAAAAUAUAUUUAAAAAAUAGCUAAUAACAAACUUGUUUUAAAAAAAGAAAAAGACUUUCUUUCCAAGACGAGCUUGAUCACACUAAAACGAAAAUCGCUGAUAAUUUCUUAAAACGCAUUACGCAGUGAACGUCCGUGGAGGAAUUAUUUUCAAAUAUUAAUGAAAAAUAUAACACAUUUAAGUUUGGUCUACAUUCAAUUCAAAUCCUUUUGGCUACAUGUAGUGCACAGUGCACACCUAUACUUCUGCACAGUCGUUCUUUGCGUCGUGCAUUAAAUUAAAAUAAAAAAAAUAUAUGUUCUACUUUUGAGUUCAUUUAAAUUCAACUAAAUAAUAAAUCCUUUUAAAAACUUUUUAAAGAUAUUUUUUUUAAUUAUUGUAUUUAAAUUCGUCUUUGAUAGAAAGUCUUUUUUUUAAAGUUUUUUAAUAUAUGUUUUAUUAGCAUGUAAAUAAAUAUUAUACUCCAAAUAGCGUAAUUUCAACAUGAACUUUGCCAUGAUUUAUCAGCUUUAAGCAUCGGUUUAUUGCAAUUCCUCCACAGGUCAUGGGCGAACUUUUGAUGGCCAUUGAUGACAGCGAUAGACACCAGCUGACUGUCUGGGACUGGCAGACGGAGAAAAUGGUGGCUAGGACAACGGUGAGAGGGUACUUUAUAUGUGGACAUGGUUACGUAGCAGUUAGCGUAUAGGUCUCUUUUUUUUCUCAAAUUGAAACUAUAAACAUAGGCAUGAAAACUGCAGAAGGUUAUUUUAAAAUAAAUUUAACGACAUAGUUUUAUUCCAGAAAAUUAAGUCCUCUCCCCAUUCCUGCCCCUUUCCCAUCCCCACCAAACUUUAUAAAAUAUUUAGCAAACGACCCACUGCUCCAUACUACGUAAUAAAUUGAUAAUUCCCUUGACCGGCUUUAAUUCAAUUUUUUUUUCAUUUAACCGUACCCUUUAAAACUUUUCAAAGGUGGCAACUCACCUUACUGACGUUAAAUAAUAUAGACAGUGUAUUUCCGUAACAGGGACUACACCGCAUCAAAUGCCCCCUUUAAUAUAAUAUAGGAACUAUAGAAUACCAAUGAAAUAAUACGAUGAAUAUCUUCUUGAAUUCUUCCUUCUAGCUUAUUCCAUUUGUCGCCAAGGUAAACAACAUGUUGAGUAUUGAUGUUGAGCUUUCCGUUAAACACACAUUCACACAUAGGCCGCACGUUAUUUACUUAUAUUUUGGGUUAAUGUUUGGGUGCAUUUUCCCUCGCAAAUCGACACAUGAUUUAUUCUGACAUAUGUUCAUCAUUUAAUUUUGCAUGUUAUCAUCAUGAGCGAUAAAAAAAAUUAUAUAUUUUUUAUGUUUUAAAUUUCCAAUUCUGAUAUAUACUUUCCUAUAUUAAUGUAUUUUACAUAUGUUUUAAUUGAUGUUAAAUUAGUCUUCAAGCAGUACCGAUACAAACUCAAUAGUUAACUAUUGUUCUUAUUUUUAACUAAUAAAUCCUCAAGACAGUGAGCAAUAAAAUGUUUAGAGUUUACUAACAUUUGUGAAGUCACCGCAUGCUAUUUGGUUUUCAUAUAUCCUCUCGCCUGCUACCCUUAUGUAUGUUAAUGUAUCACAAUGAAAUUUAGACGUUCAUCACAAAAUUGACGAUUUUUUUAUUUUUUUAAAAAUAAUUCAUGAAUUUUGUAUACCAAUAAGUUCCAUUUCACAUACACAAUGAACAAAACUGAAUUUGUCACACGUUCAAUUCAGAAAGUAAGAGGUACUAGGAAAAAAUAAUCAAUAUCAGAGAUGAACGCCAUACGCAUAGUCAGGGCUAAACAUUGAUUUUCUGUGCCUGCACAGUGCGUGUGUACAUAAUUCAUUGCUCUCAGGACGCCCAACGCCUUCUGUUUUCGUACUUUUAACUAAUCAAUUGCAUCUUCUGAUUUUACUAGUGAGAAUAAAGAACGUGUAUUAAAGCAGGUCUAGAAGAUGUCAUUUUUAUAUAAUAUUGUCUGCCCGAUCAACUAAUUUUGUACUCUCAUUGGUGUGAAAAUCAAGUCACUCCCAAUUUAAUCAUCCAACACUUCCCACCAAACAAACGUUUUCUUAACUUUGCGGCUUUAAUACACAGGUAAAAUAUGUUGAGUCCCCAGAAUAAAGAUAUUUUUUUUUUAAAGCAGAGAUUUGGAGCAUGCUUUUGUUUUUGGCCAAGAUCAGUCCUCGACCCACUCCGGACAAACUUUUGUCGGCUCCAUCUCCGCUCCAAAAAAGAACCUAUUCCAAGGCUGCGAGCUCCGCUCCAAAUCCCUGUUUUAAAAAUGUUUUUUAGCUCUGCUCCCGUACCUGCAAGAAUACAACACAGUGGAGGAAGAACAAUUAUCUUGAAAUGUUUACCUGUCCUCAGACAACCACAGACCCCGUCGUGUCAGGGUGCUUCUACCCACAGGAUGAGACCAUUCUAAUGACCUAUGGCAAGGAACACAUCCACUUCUGGAAGAUGUUCUGGGACAAAGGGCGGAAGAUCAUGAGGGAUAAGCUCAGCGGUAACUUUGAGGUAAGCGGGUUACAUGGUAUCUUCUUCGGUCGCCACCUUUGUGGGUAUAAGAAGAAAAUUACUUGAAAAUACAAUUUUAACUGCAGCAAACGUGUUGCUGUUUUAAUGAGACGGGCUCUAUUAUUAAGCUUGAUACUUGAAAGACAAAUCAGGGCAUGUGACUAUUAAAAAAUAGUCUGGAAAAAAACUAUCUGCCCAUGCAGUCGAUUCUUUAGCCUCAGUUAUUAAUGAAUGUAAAUUAGUAUCUCAUAGGGAUAUACAGAAUUGUUUGUUUUCAAAUAUAUAUAAACAAAUUAUAGCCCACAAACUAAACUUUUUUUUCACGCCACUGAGUUAGACUCUAUAUUAAUAUUUUAAUGUUUUACCCUAUUUUACACAAUACAUUUAUAACAACAUUUCAAUUGAGACUAUUUCCGUAAAGCUAAAUAAAAUAGUAAGCAUUAAAUGCCUUUCUGUGCGUUAUUUUUAAGAAUCUCAUUUAUUUUUUGUGUUAUUCAACUCACCAUUGCAUUACAACAGUCCUAUCCAUCCCUGUGGCGCUACAGCCCAUGUAGGGCUUUGGCCUGCCUCACUGCAUCCUUCCACUCAGACCUAACUAAUGCUUUUCUUUUCCAUGCUUGGAUUUUCAGCUGCUGUAGAUCUUUUUCCACAUCAUCCAUCCACCUAAGCCUAGGUCUGCCUUUGAGCAUUUUCCCUCUGGGGUAUUGGUGAUGCACCCUCUUCGUUCCUCUGUCAUUUGGCAUUCUCUCUAAGUGUCCUGCCCAGCGUAACAUGCCCCUUUUUAUUUCUGCUACUAUCGUGGGAUCCUGAUAUAGACUGUAAAAUUCAUGGUUGGUUCGUAUUCUCCAUCCAUAUUCAUCCUUUGUUGGCCCAUAUAUUUUCCUGAGAACUUUCCUCUCCAUGUGUUCAAUAUGUUUUUUGCCGUUUUUGUUAGGGUCCAAGGUUCACUUCCAUAUGUUACAACUGAUCUGAUUACAGUUUUAUAAAUAGUUUUCUUUGUUUCUCUUGUAAUGUUUUUACUUUUGAGUAUUAACUGACCACUGGAGUAUGCCCUGUUUCCGGCUGAUAUUCUUUCUUUUAUUUCUGUUGGUAAAAUUCGUUUCUUUCAUUUAAUAAAGAUCCUAGGUAUUUGAAUUGAUUUCCUUUUUCAAAAGUCUGGUUUCUAAUUUUAAUUGCCUCAGCUGUUUGUUCUUCUCUUAUCAUGGUCAUGUAUUUUGUUUUUUGGUUGUUAACUUCCAGCCCUGCUUGUAAAGAUGCGUCUUCUAAUUCAAUAAAGGAUUUUGAUAAUAAUAUGUCUUUAAUACUUUUCCCUAGCAGUGCUAUGUCAUCAGCAUAUGCAAGAUACUGAAGUGGUUGUUUGUAGAGUGUGCCCAUUGGUUGUGGGUCUUGAGUUCCCCCUCAGAAAGUAUCCUGUUAUCGUUCCUAGAGUGUCAAUGUGUAUGUUUCUUAUAACUCUCUUUGUUAGGUUAAAAAGCAUGCAAGACAGUGAGUGUCCCUGUCUUAGGCCUCGCCUAAUAUGAAAUUCCCUGGAAUAUUCUCCUUGAACCUUGAUUUUGCUUUUUGAGUUGUUUAGUGUUACAUGUAUUCGUCUUGUCAGUUUGGUGAGGUAUCCCAAACUCCUGCAGAGUCUCAUAUAUAUAUUUUCUUUUGAUGCUGUCAUGGGCAAUUUUAUAGUCCUUAUAGAGUUGAUGUACUGGUAUAUUAUAUUAAUAGCAUUUCUCUAAUAGGCAUCUGAUGGUGAAAAUCUGAUCAGUCGUUGAUCGGUUAGGCCUGAAUCCACAUUGGUAAUCACCUAGUAUUUCUUCAGUGUAAGGUUGUAGUCUUUUGGCAAUAAGCUUCGUCAGUAUUUUGUAUGUAACAUUUAAUAGGGUGAUUCCUCUGUAGUUUGUGCACUGAAGUUUGGAGCCUUUCUUGUGUAUUGGGGUUACUAAUGCUGUUUCCAAUUCUGUCGGGAUUUUCUCUUCUUGCCAAAUUUUAGUUAUAAGUUUAUGUAUCUGAGUGUGUAGUUCUUUUCCUCUGCUGUGAUGAGGUCUUCUCCAAGGGUUACAACAGGGCUGCGCAACUCAGAAUGAUAAGGCGGGCCGUAAUACUUUAUGAGAAACUUGCGCGGGCCGAAUGAUAAUAGGUCAGGGGCGAAAGCUAUUAAGAAAAGAAUAAUAAUAAAGAAUAUUUUGUUACUUCGCGGGCCGCAAAGAGGGUACUGGCUUGCCGUAUGUUUGCAGGCCUGCAUUACACUAUAUUUAUGAUAAUUAUUAGCAGUAGUUUUUAAAAAAUCGUCAGUUUCUCCUUAAUUUUUGGUUGAUACAUGAUAUUUGGAAGAUUUAUAAAUCUAAUGACAAUGUGAAUACUUAACUCAAAAGAAGUAAUAACGCCCAAUCAUUAUUCAUUAUGCGAAUCAACCGGUGAUAUAACCGAAAUUAAUAUUAUAAAUGCGAAUCACAAAUUUAAUAUUUGAAAGCGGAUAACUCUCGUAAACUCUAAGUUUCUGUAACUUUCAAUUAAAAGACGAGGUGCAAAUUUUAUGUUUUUUUAAAAUAUAUACAUUUUUAUAAUGAAGCUGAAAUUUUCAGAAGUAUUUGUUAAAACACUAAGUCUUUUAAGAUUCAUAAAUUAACGAUCCGAUAGCCGAUAUAAUUUACUAUUGAUAAUAGACAGUGGAACUCGUCCGAGCUCCACGUCCACUGUGCUCGACGUUCAAUUUUCUCAACUUAAGUAUCGGAAUAGUUUUGCCACUAAUGACUAAUUACUAAUGAAUGAUUACUGACAGUGAUUACUAAUGAUAAUGAAUUUAAUAGGCAUAAGCAUAGGGUAGGAGUAGGGGCCAUCCAUAAAUGACGUCACAAGUCUAUGGGGGAGGGGGAUCACAUUUUCAUGAUUUUUGUGAUGAGCGGGGUGGUUUAAGUUUAAUGUGACGUUGCAUGAAAUCGGAAAAUUAAACUAAUUAUAGUAAAAAAAAUUCACUUAAUAAUAAUAACCCUAAAUUACUGAAAUUUUUAACAAAUUCUUUAAUACAACAGUUAUAAUAAUUUUUUUUAACUGUGAUCAGAGCCGAUCACGAGAAUCAGUGCAGGACCAAAAACGGCUUAUGAUCAAGCUAGAGAAUUUAUGUCGAAAUGUGGAGGCGGGAGCUAGGACUACCACAUGAAGUGGGAUAGAAUGAAAAAAUGGUUGACCGGGGUGGGAGGCUUGAUCUUAGUAAAAGUAAAUGCUCUAGGGAAAGGAUUCUUAGCCCUUUUAGAACACCGUAGUCCUGGGUUUUAAACAUUUCCCGCAUCCACCCACCCCAUAUAUGGUUAUAUAUAUGGUUAUAUAGGCCUAAAUAAUAUUGUAAUAAAAUUUAAAAUGUGAAAAUAUUAAUAUUAAAAUAAUUUAGUUCUUGUAGUUAUGAAAUUCCUCUUAACAAGGGAAAAAAUAUAAUACAAGUAAUGCAUAAAAAAAAAAAAAAAUACUGCUGCUAACUGACAUGAGUAAAAACUGAUUUUUUAAAGGCGGCAACAACUAGCAAUGGAAACAAAUACAAUUUUCUUGGUCUUCCACGCUUCAAUGGGUGCUUCCACCUAUGGUUAAGAACCACUUUUGUAGUAAAAUAUUUCUGACACAGCUGCAGCAAUUUGAUAUCCAUGGGAGGUGAAUUUUUUAAGGGUUUGUAAAGGACAGUAGACAGUAGUAGGCGGAGGGUUUUUAUAGGGGUGGAGUGUGCAGAGAUAUAUGACGUUAUAUUUCAAGGGAGUUCUGGGAGGCUACAAAAUUUGCAUGGCAUCAUUUAUGGAUGGCCCCAUAUAAACUAAAAAUAGCUUUAUAUAUUCUAAGUCUAAACUGAAAGAAAAUUAAUUUUCAAUUUACUACUAAUUUAAUGGCUUAAAAAUAAACGUGACUAUGUUAUGUAACAUUAAUUAGAGCAUUAGCUGAUAAAAACUUAUAAAAAGCAACCAAAGUCCAACGUGUGGGUGUGAGUUGAAGGCAGAAUAAUACACUAUUAUUAAUAGUUAGCACUAUUGUAAUCACUGUUGAAGUCAAGAUCAUGUAAAUGGCUUAUAGUUAUAGAAUUCUAAAAUUCAUAGUAAAUAAAUAAUAAUUCCUUGUCCUAUUUACUCUUAGAAUAUGAAGGCCUAUAUUAAUAUAUACUAAUACAUGAAUGGGUCUCUGGAUUCAUUUUCUCUAUUAGUUUUUUAUAUUUUAGUUAUAUAUCCAAGUUACCAAAGAGCACAAAUACACUUGAUGCUUCAUGGGUUAAUGUUGUAAUUAAAAUUAAAGUUUAAAAAAAAAAAAGCAAUAUUAAAGUAAGAUUGGUAAAAUUUUUAACCCAUAAAUGAAGUACAACAUUUAUUUAUUGACCGUUACCUAUAUAUAAAAGCAACAAAGGAUGAUGGAAAGGGUAAAGUUAUAAUUGUGUUAAUUUAAUAAAAUUUACCUCUUCACAUUUUCAUCAGUUUCUUUAGUAAGUUGUAGCCUACACAUUUACAUGUUUAAAAUUGAUAGCUAUCAAUGCAUUUUACUUUGAAUUUUACAAAAAUAUAUUUUUUUUGCAGUUAAAAAUAUGUCAAUUAAAAAAAUAAUUAUAAUCAGGUGUGACAAUUUUCUUUACAUCACAAAUUUCCAUUAAUAUCUCAAUUUUAUCACCAAAUUGAUACAGUUUUUACACAUUUUUUAAUUCACAAAUUUAAAAUCCAUCUCCUCUACACACACUACUUAUAAAAUGUGAUAAGCAAUGGAUUGUAAUCUAUUAGAAACUUGUUUGAUUAAAUGUCAUGAUAUAACUUGUCUGAGAUGCCCAAUCUAAGGGAUCUACUUGCUUUUCAAUUAUUAAACUGACAUGAACAUGUAAGGGGAAAAUGAGUUUUUAACACACGCUUAAUAUCCAGGCUUACCAUAAGUCUGUCCCUUUAUAACUGGGAUCAUCCCGCUUUGGGACCUUGUCCCUGUGUUCCUGUAAGUUUUGACUUUUGUCCCAGUUUCCAUCUCAGUUUGAUAUGAUUAAAUUUUCAUGUCUAUUUUAGAAAGUCUUGAAAACAUUUAUAGCUUCAGAACUUGUUUGGUAUCAACCUUAUUUUAUGUAACUGUGUUAAAAUUAUUUGUGUAUAAACAUUUGAGUUCUAAGCAUGUAUUACAUAAAGUGUGUUUUGUAAUAAAUUAGUCCAAGUGUAAAUCUAAGGCUUAUUAAGGCCUGAGCUAAAUGGUCUGCCUGCAACCUUUGACCCCCACACCCCCUCCUGUGAAAGGGGAGAAGUAAAAUGUUAGAAUCAAGCCAUCAAUAAAAUUUAGGGCAUUCAUCCCCUUCUCAUCCCAAAGUCACGCCACAUGUGAUACCUAUUCCAAAGGUCCUGGUUUCAAUCCUUUAAUUACAUUAAGGUAAGCCUGUUAAUGCCCCCCAUCCCAUCAGGGGUACUGAUGAUUUGCUUGGACUGCAUUAAACACUUGGUUGGCCUAGUCUAGAUAACAAUAAAUGCUUCUUCUUAACCAGUGGUUUUUAAACUUUUCUGGACACUGCCCCCUUUGGUGCAAUAAUGGCAGUCUUAGCUCUCCCGUGUUUCCCCCUUAUGAACUGGCUAUUAUUUUGAAAAAAUUUUUAUUAUAUGUCCAGGAGUGGCAUAAAGUUCAACUUUUAAUCAUGCUACAUAAGAAUUUGAUACUAAAGAAUAAAAUCUUUUACUGUGAUACAUCUAUUUAAAUUAGGAUUAUUUUUCAUUUCAGUAUAACAAGCAAUAUUCAGUGUAAAUUCAUUUGUAACAAUGAAAUUGAAAACCCAAAGGCCCAUCACAUUAUAUUUCUUUGUCAAAUUACAACUGUCUAUGUAUAAUUUCAGGAGAAUAUUCCAAAGUUCGUUACCUCUGUCUGCUUUUCUCCUGCUGGAGAGGUCAUCACAGGUGACUCCACUGGGGCCAUCUUGAUCUGGUCACGUGACAACAACAAUGUGUUCACUGUCAAUGCAGCUCUGUCAAGGCAAACUAGGAAAGCUCAUAAGGUAUUUAGACAGUCAUCCUUAUUAGCCAGCUCCCACCCAGCCCUUUUUGGUGAUGUCGACAAAUGUUUAAUUUUAUAUUUAUGGGUGACCAAGUGGUCUACACUGAGACCAUCCCAAGCUAGUGAACUCAAGUUCAAUCCCCAACAAAACCAAAAACAUUACCAGGACCCCGGGUGGAUGGGACUCAUUAACUUUGGAUGGCAACUAUCUAAGCCAAGGCAAACUCUGAAAUCAAACCUGAAGAUGUAGUUCCCUAGGCGUUAUGACAUUGACUCAAUGAAAAUUUCAACAACUCCUGCGACGUAGAAGGCAUAUUGAAACACUCGAACACACACUGCUGGUCAUCUGCUGCGUCCGGGCCUAUGUCUUGAGUAAGUCUUGCCAUUGGAUCAAAUAGGCAAGGACGAGAGAGUGAGGCUGCCGAAGGGAGCAACUCUUCCUCACUUUAAAUGAAAUAAAGCUCAAGUCAAGGCCACUGCUUAGGUCUUCAACACAGUACUUACUGAGAGUUCCCAGUGUGGAUAAACACAGUAAAAAUUCUUACGGAGUGCGCACUUUUGAAGCGAUAGCGCCAAAAUUAUGGAACAGUUUGCCUCAAUUUUUUAGGGGAAUUGAAAAUGAUAAAAAAUCAUUUAAGAAACAUUUUAAAACUUUUUUGUUUAAAUAGAUUUCAGAAAACCAGAGCGCAGUGAGCAUGCUAAAGUGCAUGGAUACCAGCGCGAUAUAAAUAUCACAUCAAUCAAUAGGUACUACUCAAGUCGAAAAUUGCCUUGGUCAUCUUCGCAUGCAAAAGACAAACAAUAAUAAUAAUUUUAUAUUUAAAAUAAAAAAUACUAAGGGAGUCAACAUUUCAUAUAAAAAAAAGAAUAUUUUGAAACAAAUGUUUAACUGAUUGACCUGCUGUACUAGAUGUACUAAAUUUAGCCAUUGCUUUCACUCUUUUAGCAUGUAAAACUAAUUUGCUUCCAUGUUCCUUUAAAAAUUAAAAAAAAUGGAUUGUCACACUUCAAGUCAAAACUCCUGCUGGAGAAACACCUUGAUAAUUUGUCAUAGUAAACAGUAAAGCAAGGAAUUGCUCUUGAUUAUUAACAAUACGUGUGAUAUGAACUUAACAGUAAGUUACUAAAAGGGUCUAUACACAAACAAUGUCAUGCGUUUGGGGAAGCAACAAUUUGUGACCAUGUUUGAUAAAAGUGUCUGUGUUACAAAUGUGUAACAAAUGGAAAGGGUGUGGUGAAAAUCUGCCAAAACAACAUGACCUCUUUUAUGGAUCAUCAGUGGUAAGUGACAGCUUUAAAAUACUGCGCAGGGUAGAUAUGAAGUGAUCAACAGGCCUAUAGACUCUGUCAUUAUUAAUAUUAUAUUUCUCUUCUCUACUCCAGAAAAGUGUUGCAGCACUUUGUAUGUUGGGUGAUGGGACUUUGCUGUCAGGAGGUGGAAAUGAGGUCAAGGCCUGGGACUCUAUUAACAACUAUUCUCCUGUCAAGGAAAGAGUGGUUAGUCUUUUUUUCCAUUUUUUGUUUUAGCUUAGGGAUAUCAACAAAGUUUGAGGUAACAUCACCAUAUAUUAUUCAUCAUUGAUGUUUUUUUCUCAUAUGUUAACUUUACUUUGUAAAUGUUAGAAAUUCAAAAACUAAAAAAAGUAAAUAAAAAACAAGAUUUUAUCAAGUAAGUUAUUGUUUACAUUGGCCACCCGACUUAACCUUCUGCCCCUCUGUGAUCAGCUUCCAGCCACUGCAGGUCAUGUCAGGAGUAUAGUACCAAUCACUAAGGGAGGUCUGGAUGGGUCAAUCUAUGUGUCCACCACGAGGAAUAAGGUCCUGGAGGGGAGUCUGCAGCUCAAGUUUAAGUUCAUCAUACAGGUGAGUCGAUGAAUUCAAACUUAAUUCUGAACGCACAUAGAAGUGAGUAAGGUAUGUACUUAGAAUAUGUGUCUAGAAAUGUAUCGUUAAUAUUUUUUAAAAUAACCCAAAAGUGCAACACUAAUUAACUGUUUUCAUUAGUAUUUCAGAUCACUGUAAAAAAAAAAAAAAUUGUCUGCAUAUCAAAUGAUCUUUUUAUAAACAAUGAAGAAAAUUGCUUUAUUUGAUUUUAAAAAAUUACUAUUUUUUCAACGCUAUAUUUUGAAUCCAAGAUAGGUCAGUACAUCUGUCCUAUAAUCCUAUUUUUUAAUUUGAUAGUUAGCAUAUAUAGUGAGCCCAAUCAUCCCCAGCCCCCAAAUCAUUCCCCCCCCCUUCCCCAACCACUUACAGGUGUUGGGAGAGAAUUGUUUGCAUAUAUGAAUUUACCAGUAUUUAAACUCUUUUGUCUCAAAAUGCUUGACUUUGUCUUCACCUGCUUAAUAGCUUAGGUAAAUUUGUCAUUAAAAUUAAAACAAGAUUACACUGAAUUUUCGUAUGUUUUUAGGGCCAUGUAGAAGAACUUUGGGCUGUAGAAAGCCAUCCACUGGAGCAGACAUUUGUUUCAGCUGGUCAUGAUCAGAUGGUUGUGAAGUGGUCGGCAAUUUCUCAUGCUCCUGUCUGGAGAGUUAACGCAGAGGCAAGUUUGUGGUUUAUAAAAAUUUAUAGUAAAAACUGUUAUCAUUCUAAUGGGAUACGUUCCAAUUUUCGUUAAACAGAAUAGUUUGGCUGUGGAUGCCGCCUACUUUUUAAAAUUUGGCUUGUUUCCAAUAUCAUGUUUGUUUCUGAAUUCGAUCACAGAAAACUGAGUAGGGUUAAUUAAAACAGAUCCAAUAAUAUAUUUUUUUAAAAGUUAUCUUUUAAUCUGAAUAAUUUCUUUUCUUUCAAUUCAUGAUAUUGUCAUCCAAUCCAUUUUUACACAGUCAACCACACAUGAUAAGAAAGCGCAUAUGAUAUGAACAACCCAUUUUGCUAUGUUCUCUCCAAAAAAUUUGUUGUUCCUUCAUGGUCGUACACUUUAGAAACUGAAUACUGAUAUGACACUCGGGGCCAUGCUUAAAAGCCUGAAGCUAUAUUUUAAUUUAAAGUUUAUAUAAGGCUGUAUUUUUUUGUUGUUAUGAGAACAAAUUCUUAUAAUUCAUUUUAUUUGAAAAUAUUAUCUGAACUUUUCAUUGCAGUUACAAAAUUUUUGUUUGAAUAAGUACUUUAGCUACAAAUUUUAACAAGAACAAAACAGGAUACUAAAUGUUUAAAAAGUCAAUGUCAACUAAUAUUAAUCAUAACUUAUGUAAGUUUUAAAACUUUUCUCGUGAUCUUUUAAAAAAACAACUUUUUAUUAUACUUAUCAUGAGAGUUGAUAUUUAUUUAAUUAUAUUUACAAAUUUGACAUCUUAAACUAAAAUGGACUUGGGUUUUGUCUUUUCUAGAGAUAUGCAAUUUGAUACAAUUUCUAAUCGGGCAAACUUUUAUGGAUCCUUGGUUUACUGAUUUCAAAAUAUUUGAGUACAUUUUUUUAGCAUUAAAAUUUAAAAGAUAUUUUGAUGGAGGAAGUCAUUUUAUUUCAUCUUAAACUCUUACUCCAGGUGAAACGGAAUGACAAUAGUUUUACAAAGAGAGAGAAAAUUUCCAACAUUUCUUUUGCCUUAAAAACUAUUUUUUCCCCCCUCUAUUUCUUCAUCUAGAAUCCUUGUACUUGCAUCAGCAUUGACCCCAAGGGUAGGAUUAUUGCCCUUGGCACAACUGCUGGUAAAGUGAUUAUCCUCAACUCAUACAAUGGUGCUGUGCUGACGUCACUUCCGUCGGGAAAUGUUCAGAUAAAUGCUUUGAGUUUUUCACCAGGUUGGCCAUUUUUUUUUUGUUAGGUUAUUUUCUUUUUAGCUGAGAUUUCCUCCCAUCUUUUAUAUAUAUCUUGAUUCAGAUUUUUAACUGAUAUGAAUAUAUCUGCCAUUAAGACAAUAGUCUGUUUAAAAAAAAAAUGAUUUACAUUGGCUACUUGUGUAGUCUAAAUAAAUGCUUUAUUGAAGGCUACAUAUGUAUUGUUAAAAACAGGAAUAACCUUGUUUAUUUAUUUAUUAAUGUUUUUAGGUUUGGAAAACUAACAGACAUUAAGAUGUCCAAUUGAGAUUGUAUCUCUAAAAGAAAAACAAAACAAUAUUCAAUUAUUAUGAGUAAAAAAACAAGUUCAAACCAAAUUAAGUCAUUUGAAAACAUGAACACAACAAAUGUAAUACUUUUAAAAUAUCAAAUUGUUUUUUUUUCUCUGCAAACAUUUAUCAUAAUCUUUUGUGGAACUAAAAAACUUCAUUUCACGUUGUAUUACGUGCAUGCUUUAAAUUAUAUAAUUAAUUUUGUUUUUUUUCCCGGCUUUCUCAUCAAUUUUACAGAUGGUAAACAACUAGCUGUAGGAACAUAUGAUGGCUUUCUACAGAUAUUUUAUCUGCAAGAUGAGGGGCAAGCAUUUUUCAGACCUCAGCCACUUUCGCUCAAGGUAAUCGAAGAUACUUGCAAAGAGGGCUUAUUUUGCACUCAUUUACUUUAAACAAAGAAUUUUUGAGCAUUUAAAAACCACAAAAAUAAUCAAAAUUAUUUUAAAAUUUUGUUUCAGUUUCAUUGCUAUGAUACAAUUCAAUGCAGUAUUUUAUAGACAAUUUAAAACAAGAGGAAGCUAUGUAGUAAUAUUCUUUUGCAUUAAUGACAAUGCUUAUCUUAUUAUUUAAUGCUUGAAGAUAAGCUAAGCUUUCUCCAUCAAUACCAAAAUUAAUCAUUGUUCACUUAACAGUUAUUGAAUGGGAAAAUAGUCUUUCUAAUUGAUUAAGUAAUGUUCCCUUCCAUUAUUAGUAGGAAAACUCAUCUAAGGCCAUAGCUGCAACCCAAGGGGGAAUAGUUUGACAAGGAUAUGUCCCUGUGUUGUUUAAGUAAUCCUUAAUGGCUGAAUGAGUAAUCACACUAAUCAAAGUAAUCUAUAAUGAUUGAAUGACUAAUGGGACUGAUCAAAGUAAUCUACAAUGAUUGAAUGACUAAUCAGACUGAUCAAAGUAAUCUAUAAUGAUUGAAUGACUAAUCGGACUGAUCAAAGUAAUCUAUAAUGAUUAAAUGACUAAUCAGACUGAUCAAAGUAAUCUACAAUGAUUGAAUGACUAAUCGGACUGAUCAAAGUAAUCUAUAAUGAUUGAAUGACUAAUCGGACUGAUCAAAGUAAUCUAUAAUGAUUGAAUGACUAAUCGGACUGAUCAAAGCAUUUAUAUUUAGUUCAUACGUAAUACCAGGCUGAAUGAGUAAUCAGACUAAUAAAAGUAAUCUAUAAUGAUUGAAUAACUAAUCAGACUGAUCAAAGUAAUCUAUAAUGAUUGAAUGACUAAUCGGACUGAUCAAAGUAAUCUAUAAUGAUUGAAUGACUAAUCAGACUGAUCAAAGUAAUCUACAAUGAUUGAAUGACUAAUCAGACUGAUCAAAGUAAUCUACAAUGAUUGAAUGACUAAUCAGACUGAUCAAAGCGAUUUAUAUUUAGUUCAUACAUGAUAUUGGGACUUAAGUCACUGUUCUUAUCAGAAUUAUUUGUAGUGUUUGGUUGUCAUAAAAUGAGUGAUUAAAACAAUAUGCAGUAUAAAAAAAAAUACUACAAGCAUUCAGUUAGCAGAUUUGAUUCUCCAUUAAUAAAAUCCCUAAUAUAAGGAUUUUUUGUCCAGAUCUCUCAACACAUUUUUAAACGCCAGUUAUUUUAUUGUUACAGCACAGCAACAUGUUCAUCAUGCAUCUUGAUUGGUCUGUGGACUCGAAAUGUAUCCAGGCUGUUCUUGGAGACUAUGAUAUUGUUCAUUGUGAGUGGAUUUUAGUGAACUUUCAACCAGAUUAGUGUCGGCAAAAGCUACAAACCAACCACUUCUUAUUCAGGCUGCCAUUGGGAUUUUAAUUUAUUGUACUUAAAACUCAAUAAUUUAAAAAAAUCUAAUGAGACUCAUUUAGGGUGGAACACAUUUAAAAGUUAUUAAUAUUUUACAAUUUAAAGGAACUUUUUAUAAAUGUAACAAAAGUGAUGCAACAUUUUAUCUUGACACGAUGUCAAUAUUACCCUGAAUUUCUUUAAAACUUCAUUUAAAAAUCAAACCAAAUAUUUAACUCAAAUUUUGAAUACAUUUUUAGAUCACUUUUUACUAAAUGGUUUGAGUAAGCCUGAAUUGUUUUACACAACACCUUGAGGUUUUUAUUCUUCUAGCAAUAUUUUAUAAUUUCAUUUAAGGCUAUUUUGAAGUCAGUCUGAAAAUAAAAACUUCUUUUUUGCAAAACACUAUUUCAGGGGACAUUCCUGCUGGGCAGAAGAUCAAGACAGCUAGAGCUGUCCGUGAUGUCAAAUGGGCCACUCACAACUGUCCUAUUGGUCACUCAAUAAUAGGUAAGUUUAUGAACUAUCUGUGCAAGUUAACUGAUUUUAGAAUUCUGACACCCGUCUAAAGAGGGCAAGGGAGAUAAUUAGCUGUGAGAGUAGCUUCCUUGACAGAGAAAGGAAUGUUAUUUCUGUGGCCACACUGUUUUAAUAACUUCUAUUUUACAGUUCUAAACCUUUUCAUUAAUCAUAGGUCCAUGGCAAAACCUUGACCGUGGUGAUGUCAUCAAUGUUGUGACAAGGUCACAGUACCGUGACAUGAUGGUGGUGGGUGACAGCAAGGGAAGACUUCGACUCUACAAGUGGCCUUGCUCUGUUGCAAAGGUAAGGUUUGUUUCCCUUUAAAAGAUGUUCAUUCAGUGUCAAAUUUUUUUUUUUACAGAGCUCAAAGAAUUCUCACGAACUUUUACAUAGAAAUCAUCGUAGUCAAAUUGUUUUUAGGGCUGUUAGUCAAUUAAUGGAUGAUUGGCGAGACUGUUUACAGUAUUGAAAUUAAAUGCUUUCUUCAUCACGUUACAGCCUUAGGGCAAGGUUAAAAAAUCAAAUAUUCCUUGCGAUCAGACCACAAGAAUGUGUGUGUUUUAAUGAGUUGUUAAAGUUAAUAGAGUAUAAAAUGAGAAAGUGGCGGUGGUCAGAAUUGAUCAUUGAUUGGAUGAACUUGAAAUGAGAAUGGAAGUUUAGUAGAAAACAAUUAAAAUGUAACAUAAGUUAUCAUCAUGAUUUUGUCCGUUUAGCGACUGUUGGUAAAAAAAAAAUGUGUUUUUCCGUCCCAAAUAAAUAUUUUGAGUAUAUUGUCUUUUUAUAUGUAGCUAAACAAAAUAAUGUUUGAUCUUUGGGCAAUAAUAAAAUAAAACACUUUCUUGAAUUAAAAAAGUUAUUUGUGUUCUUGUAGAUGUUAAAUUUAAAAAUAACCACUCCUUAAAGAACAAAACAGUAGUGAAACAUCAUUCCGUUACUACUUAUUUUGUUGUUUAGAUGUUAUUUUAAUGUAUUGAGUCAAUGAAGUGUAUUGUUAAAACUGAAGUUACCAGAAGUGAACGAAGGGUAAACCUAUUUCCCCAGGCUGGCUUUCACAACACCAAGUGCUUCUCUUCAAAUGUCACGUGCGCAGCCUUCACCUGUGAUGAUGGGUACGUCAUUGCUUCCGGAGGAAAUGACGCGGCUCUGAUGCAGUUCACCGUCCUUGACCCUGUCAGCACACGAUGACUUGCAUGAGCUGACAAAGCCUUAAUUACCCUUGUUGAGAAUAUUGCACUUUGACUUUGGCUAAAACCAUCCAUAUUUACUUUUUGUAAAUAACUUCUCAGGUAUCGCUGUGUAACAUUUAUGUAACUGCAUAACAUUAAAUACUUCAAAAGCAUAAAUAACUAAUCUAAAUGUGGAUGCAAUAUUAGUUACAAGAAUCAGGUUGAAAUGUUGUAUGAGGAGAAUCAAGUGUGCAAGGGGAGAAAAGUGAUAAUCACAGAGUUGGGUUUUCGAUUUCAUUAAUGUCUAAAUGUAACUGUCAGUCGGCUCAAUAUUUUAUAACUGAUAUUGUUCAAGUUUGUGAAUCUCAUGAAACUAAAACACCUACAAAAAUGUUCCAAUGCUUUGGGUAAAAUUGAUAAAUUGAUUGUAAUCAUGCUGCGGCUAAACUGUGAACAUAGUUUGUUGAACUGAAUAAUCUCAUUAGAGUCUUGUGAGGAAAUGAAUAAUAUUAGAAGCCAAAAAAAAAAAUUUUUUUUUAAAAAUAUUUGGGAAAAUUUUCCAUAAGCCUAAGAGUCCAAUAGUGAUACUUGGAUUGAAGUUUUUCUUUUUCAUUGCCCCCAGCUAAAUUUGCUGCUCCCCUCAAUCUCUUAUGUUAAGCAAUUGUACCAAACUAAUGCCAUAAGAAGUAUGAAUUUUUUUAUAGGUCAUCUUGAUUAUUAAACUCAUAAAUAUUGAAAUUUCUCCUAUUCAUUUUUAUGCGUGUUUGUUAAAUUGUUUUUGGUAUAUGAAAUUAAUCUUGG